AUGAGCACUGCCUCUACUCCUCCUUUGACCACUGAUUGCGGGUCCGGCGUGUCUGACUCUACGCCCUCCGAAUGGGUCGCAUCCGACGUGGACGCGUCCGCCGCCGAUGUUGUCGAGUCGCGAGAGCAUGCGCUGAUUGUGGCAUCGCCUAGGAGCCCCAAAAGGAAGAGGGCGGUAGCUGAUGAUGUUGAGAAGGAAGAAACACCAGUACGCGAGAAGAGAGUGAAAAGAGAGAGCAAGAAGGCGCUUACAAUCGUGAUCAACGCUGCACGAGCGUCCGUGGACGCCGCACGCAAACGAUGGUUCAGUCGGCAUUCUGAUCUCUUUGCUCCACUGCUCCCUGCAAGCAGCGUGCUAUUGGACACGGUCCGCAAGGACGUUGAGAACUCUACCGAUAAAGGCGUGUACACGCCCUUGCACGAGCUUGACGAGCAACCAAAACUUGUGCAAGGAGGCACAAUGAAGGAUUAUCAGCUGCACGGUCUUUCAUUCCUAGUUUGGAUGUACAAGAACGGAAUGAAUUGCAUCUUGGGUGAUGAGAUGGGUCUUGGAAAGACACUGCAGACACUAUCACUAUUUGCCUACGUGAAGGAGAAUGUAACAGGUAUAGGCAAACAAGAUCCUCACCUCGUCGUCUGCCCGCUAUCUGUCCUGCCAUCAUGGCUAGCGGAAGCCGCACGCUGGAUCCCAUCGUUCAAGACGUUACGAUUCCAUGGGCAGCAGUCGGAACGUAAGCGUCUGAAGGAAGCGAUUCGGUACAGCGAGAUUGAAUUUGAUAUCUGCAUCACCACGUACGAGGCGUACGUUGCGGAGGAGUCGUGGUUCAAGUCGCGGAGGUGGACCUACUGCGUGCUGGAUGAGGGCCACAAGAUCAAAAACACGGAUACGAAUAUCUCAAGCAAGUUGCAGGGCAUCGGCUCACUUUAUCGACUGAUACUUACAGGGACGCCGGUGCAGAACAACCUGGUGGAGUUGUGGAGCAUCCUCCACUGGCUGUACCCUGCUCUUUUUACCGCCGCUUCCGAACGGCUCUUCAAAGACUCCUUUGAUCUCACGCGGGGCGUGUACUCGCUGGCGUUCCUGAAAUCUGCGGAACGGUUGCUCUCGACCAUCAUGCUCCGCCGGACCAAGGCAACGGUCGAAUUGAGCGUCCCGCCGCGCGAAGAGUUGACCGUCUUCGUGCCUAUGACAGAGGCGCAGCGUUUUUGGACGUAUCGCUUCUUGACUAAAUUAGAUGCGGUCGACUUGAAGGAUAUCUUCCCAGCUAAAUCAGAGAAUGAUACGUUGGACAAGGGACGGAGAGAAGUGCAUGCGCAGCUGGCCGCGCACGUCAGGGACAACAGCUCAGGAGCUCGCUGGAAGAAGCUCAUGAAUCUGCUCAUGCAGCUACGAAAAAUCUGUGACCACCCGUAUCUGAUCGAUGACGCAGAGCCAACACCCUACUCUAUCGGCGAACACCUUGUUGCAUCAUCCUCCAAACUGAUGCUCCUCGACAAGUUGCUGGCGAACAUCCUGCCAAAGGGCGAGCGAGUGCUGAUCUUCAGCCAGUUCACAGGCAUGCUGAACCUGCUCGAGGACUUCAUGGUCCUACGGGAUAUCCCAUACGCGCGGCUUGACGGAUCCACCACGCGCCCGCGGCGCACGCUCGACAUCAAGCUCUUCCAGCAGGAGCACUCGCCGUAUCAAGUCUUCCUCGUCUCAACGCGCGCCGGGGGCCUCGGCAUCAACCUCACGAAGGCGACGACGGUCAUCAUGGUCGACUCGGACUGGAACCCGCAGAAUGACCUGCAGGCGAUCGCGCGCGCGCACCGGAUCGGGCAGACGAAGGUCGUCAAGGUGUACCGGCUCAUCUGCCGCGGCAGUGUCGAGGACCAGAUGCUCGACCGCAUCCGGAGGAAGCUCUUCCUCUCCGUCAAGGUCAUGAGCUCCGACAAUGCAUCGCAGGACGAGCAAAACUCGACGCUCAAGAUGUCCGAGCUCAUGGACAUCCUCCGGAAAGGCAGCAGCGCGCUCUCGUGCAACAUCGAUGAGAUGGACCUGCCCCAGUUCUUGAAGGCGCCCAUUGUCGAGAUCCUGGACGCCUCUCGGGAGAAUGAUGACGUGCGUGCGGCCAAGCUGAAGCGCGAGGAGGGCGCGGACGCGAGCGAAGUCGAUCAGCGACUGUUGGCUGAUGCGGAGGAGGAAGAGCGCAAGCUCCUGAGCGGCGUCGCGCAGGUGCAGAGUCGGCUCUUCGAGGGAAAGGUUAUCGAGCGUCCGAAGCAUGCGAGCAACGUCGAGAUCGCAGAGGAGUGGCGCGAGCUGCAGAAGCGCAGCCGUGUCGACCGCAUUGUCAAGGUUGACGGGAUGGAGAUGAUCGCGGACUACAUGGGGCCCGUUGCGGUGAGUCUAGCUUCGGCGCCCAAGAAGAGCAGGAAGAAGUGGGAGCACGAGGAUUGGUGCAUAUACUGUCGGGACGGCGGCGAGCUCGUCCUCUGUGCAACUUGUCCUAGAGUGUUCCACGGCGCAUGUCAGGGCCUCACCAAGGCGGAGGUCAGACGAGCUCCGACCCUUGCCUGCGGUCAGCACGUGUGUGCGUCGUGCUCGCGCAAUACCGCCGAUGCUGGCGGUAUGAUCUUCCGCUGCCGAACGUGCCCGAAGGCAUUCUGCGAGGACUGUCUGCCUCCGGACGACCUGAACGCCGUGGGGGAUGUGCUCCCAGAGUUCCAAAUGCUGGGGUACGGCGCGAAGGGCGCAGCGUAUUAUAUCUACUGCGCCGAGUGUGUCGUCCUCCGAAAAGAGAACCCGAAGUGGUGGAAGGAGUGGGAGAAGGAGUUUGCGCACGCCGAGAGGCAGGUGACGGAGAUGAGUCGGUGA